UUAGUGCUGCUUACUAAAUUACCACCAGUGGUGUGACCUGACCACACUGAAGGAUUCUCUUACCUUUGUCCUGGUUAAGAAGUAAUGACUGAUGGACUCGUUGACAGGAAACAAUGGCAAAGAAGGUGGCAGUGAUUGGAGCAGGAGUCAGUGGCCUGAUCUCUCUGAAGUGCUGUGUGGAUGAGGGUCUGGAGCCCACUUGCUUCGAAAGGACUGAAGAUAUUGGAGGACUGUGGAGAUUCAAAGAACAUGUGGAAGAUGGCCGAGCAAGCAUCUAUCACUCUGUCAUCACCAACACCAGCAAAGAGAUGUCCUGCUUCAGCGACUUCCCAAUGCCUGAGGACUUCCCCAACUUCCUGCACAACUCUAAGCUCCUGGAAUACUUCAGGAUUUUUGCCAAGAAGUUUGACCUUCUAAAAUAUAUCCAGUUUCAGACAACCGUCAUUAGUGUGAAACGACACCCAGAUUUUGCAACUUCUGGGCAAUGGGAAGUUUCUGUUCAGAGCAACGGCAAGGAGCAACGUGCUGUCUUUGACGCAGUUAUGGUUUGCAGCGGCCAUCACAUCCAACCUCACCUGCCACUGCAGUCUUUUCCAGGUAUUGAGAAGUUCAAAGGCCAGUAUUUCCAUAGCCGCCAAUACAAGCACCCUGCUGGGUUUGAGGGGAAACGCAUCCUGGUGGUUGGAAUAGGAAACUCAGCCACAGAUAUUGCCUCUGAACUGAGCAAGAAGGCCUCACGGGUGUUUAUCAGCACCAGGCAUGGUGCCUGGGUCAUGAGCCGAAUCUCUGAAGAUGGCUACCCUUGGGACAUGGUGUUCCACACUAGGUUUAGCUCCAUGCUCCGAAAUGUCCUGCCUCGCACCGUCGUCAAGUGGAUGAUGGAACAGCAAAUGAAUCGAUGGUUCAACCAUGAAAACUAUGGUCUGGUGCCUCAAAACAAAUAUCUUAUGAAAGAGCCUGUAUUAAAUGACGAUCUCCCCAGUCGCGUGCUGUACGGAGCCGUCAAGGUGAAAACCAGAGUGAAGGAGCUCACGGAGACGGCUGCGGUGUUUGAGGACGGCACGGUGGAGGAGGACAUUGACGUUAUUGUCUUUGCCACGGGCUAUACUUUCUCCUUUCCUUUCCUGGAAGAUUCACUUGUGCAAGUGGAGGCUAAUAGGGUCUCGCUGUACAAAUCCAUGUUCCCCCCUCAGCUGGAGAAGCCAACCCUAGCAUGCAUGGGUCUCAUCCAGCCUCUGGGAUCCAUCUUCCCGACUGUGGAGCUCCAGGCGCGUUGGGCGACGAGAGUUUUCAAAGGUUUGUGUAGCUUGCCCUCAGAGACAGCUAUGAAGAAGGACAUUGUUGAAAGGAAUGAAAAAAGAAUUGACCUGUUUGGAAAAAGCCAGAGCCAGAUACUGCAGACCAACUAUGUUGACUACCUGGAUGAACUCGCCUUGGAGAUAGGUGCGAAGCCAGACUUCAUCUCCCUCUUUUUCAAAGAUCCUACACUGGCUGUGAAACUCUACUUUGGGCCCUGCAAUUCCUACCAGUACCGACUAGUUGGACCUGGGCAGUGGGAAGGAGCCAGGAAUGCCAUCCUCACCCAGAAGCAGAGGAUCCUGAAGCCCUUAAAGACCCGCACUCUGAAGCCUUCAUCCAACAUCCCAGCAUCUUGCCUGCUCAAAAUCCUGGGGCUUUUUGCUGUGGUUCUGGCCUUCUUUUUCCAACUUCAGUGGUUCUAGUCUGUCAGCAUGACACUUUUGUCCACCCGUGCCUCUCAUUCAUCAGUGUCUCUUGGAAAAAAGACUAAAGAAAUUACACUUGUAUUAUAAUUUACAUUUCAGUUACAUUUCUCCUACAAGUAGGAAAACUAAUUGUAGGGAGAUUCAAAGAAUUAAGUCUAGAUAUAAAACUAAAAUUAAGGGCAUAGAAUAUCUUUAUCAUCCUACUCUUUCCUCAAAUUCAUCAAUCUUCAAACAGUAUCAUACAAUAACACCAACACAGGUAGAUGGUGCUUCCAGCCAUGCAGGUUUUGAGUUAUAUGAAAACAACAAUGAAAUGAUGCAGAGUAAAGAGCAAGGCAUAGCCAGGCAUGCCGGCGCACGCCUGGAAUCCUGGCACUCGGGAGGCAGAGGCAGGCGGGUCUCUG